ACAGCACCACGACUCUCCUGGGCUACUGCUCAGAAGUUCCCUCCCCUCUCGUGCUUCUCCCUGAUGUCGGCCCAGAGGACGCCAUCCCACCCCAAGCCAUCCCACCCAAGCAGGCAUGGCUUGGGGAAAGAGGGAGGUGAAGGAACUAGGUGUUUUAAAAUUAGUUUUAAAAUUCUGUUUUUUUUUUUUAAAUUAAAGUGAUGCUUGGUUGCUGUAAAAAUUUAAACCACACGGAAAUGGAGUAGAACAUUUCUGCUUGCCCCCAAAUCUUCUUGCCCUGAAAUGUCCACUCUUCCCAUUUGACUGUGGCCUGUGUGCACACGAGAAUGUGUGUGUCUGUUGUAGAAGGAGGGGCCUGGCCUGGCUGUGGAGGCCACACAUGUGUUUUGUGUUCUGAGCCCAGCAGAGGGGAUAGGUAGGGACUCCAUUCCAGCUGGGUCAGGCCCCCAAGCCUGGCACCAAGGCUUGGGGCUGUGCCCUCCUGAAUUCCACAGGGGUGCUAGAGGGGCUCGUGGCAGCCUGGGGCGUGGCUGGGGCAGGAGCCACGCCCCCUCUAGUUCACGUGGCCUGGCAGUGAGUGGGGAGUGAGCCUUGGAUGCUCCCGUGGGCAGGUCUUCCUUCUUUCUGCCCUUUUCUCUGGAGUGACUUGGCUGGGUUGAGCCCUGAGGGAAGGGACGCAGGACCCUGGCUCUUUUUUCUUUGCUUGAGUUCUGCUCUAGGGGAAGUCUCCAGCACUCUUGGCCUUGAUUUAUUCGAGGCAGUGAGUGAUGGGGACGGGGGGAAGGACCUCAGGCAGGUGCCUGUGGACUGCGCAGAGUCCUCCCGAGUGGUCUCUUAACAACCACCUCACUGGCUCCCACGUGGCCAGGCGGUGUGUGGCAGGUGGCACCUCUCAGGGCCACGGCGAGGCUCGUGGAUGUGAGGGCGCUGUGGUGGAGGCGGGGGAGGCCCCGCGCGCUUCACAGAGGCUGUUCCCCAAGGUCAUUGAGCUAGUCAAGAAGUACGGCACGAAGCAGUGGACGCUGAUCGCCAAGCACCUGAAGGGCCGGCUGGGGAAGCAGUGCCGCGAACGCUGGCACAACCACCUCAACCCCGAGGUGAAGAAGUCCUGCUGGACCGAGGAGGAGGACCGCAUCAUCUGCGAGGCCCACAAGGUGCUGGGCAACCGCUGGGCUGAGAUCGCCAAGAUGCUGCCGGGGAGAACGGACAAUGCUGUGAAGAAUCACUGGAACUCUACCAUCAAAAGGAAGGUGGACACGGGAGGCUUCCUGAGUGAGUCCAAAGACUACAAGCCCCCCGUGUACUUGCUGCUGGAGGUGGAGGACAAGGACGGCCACCAGAGUGCCCAGCCUGUGGAAAGCCAGGUGAGACGGCUGCCCGGGGCAGCUCAGCCUCUGGGCUUGACUUAG